UUCGUUGAUGAAGAACACAUGGACAAGAUAAAUCGUUUAGCAGUAGAGAUGGGACGUUUAACACUACAAGAAGAUAAAUCAAAAACAAAUUCAAUUUCCUCACUUGGAAGCCCAACAAUAUUUAUGAGCAAGGAAGAAGAUGAUGAAAUUUAUAGAGGAGACCUAAGUCAGGAUAAAUGGUAA